AUGACCCCAGCAACCUUGCAAAGGUCUUUGGAAAUUAAUCCACAUCGCGUUGGCCGACCCAGACUUGACCCCUACAAGAGACUUUUGAGUCGAUUUUAUGAGCAGUUGUUCCUUUUGAAUGCACUUGGGCAGACACGCGGCAGCCACACUAUUCUGUCAUCUGACGUUCAUUCCAGCCGGGCUCAAAGUCGACGGUUUUUGCAAAACCUUUGUUUCGUUUGCGAUUUCAAAAAGGGGGGCAGCACAUGCACUGCGAUCGGUCUUGAAGAGCUUGAUACCCAUUACAACUUCUGCGUUGCCUCGAAUGGAGAAACCGACACAAUCGUGGCAUUUCUCCGCACCGCCCUAGGUGAUUUGCGGGCUAGAGCCUGCCCGGUCGGCAUGGGAAAUAUCGACAGCGAGCUGCGAUUCACAAAGAUGUGCAUUGAGUUUGCUGCUGAACGUAUCAACGAAGAAAAGAGAUGCCUUCGUAGAUACGCCAAACAUUGUCUUUCCAGAUUGAGCGGACAGAUUGCUGCAUCCGGUGAGCUCCCCCCCCCCAUUGUCUCAUGCAGCAGUCGAUUUAAUGGUUUAGAUUUGGCUGCCUGGCUCCAUACGGUCAUGGGUAUCGAUGAUACAUAUGUGCUCUGCAACUUCGCACACAGCGACCGUCACUCAGUACACAUGAGAGAGCUGGAGAGACGGGGCACGGAAGAAGAGAUAUCGUUGGAUCCUUCGAAGAAACGGUCACCCUUUGCCCUGAUGCGACAUUAUAUCGGAAGACUUGCUCAUCACAUCCGGGCUCCUAAAGAGCUGAUGCAAGACACUGAGGAGCUGAGCCAUAUUCUUGAGAGUCAUGCUAUCUGUCCGAUUUACGCCGUACCUGCCGUUCCAACGCCCAUUUGUGAUGCCCAUACCAACCUUCAAGGGGUAUUGAAUCGGAUGUUGAAGAAUGACAGAGAAAGGGAUAAACUGGAGGAAGGCCUCCUGCACCUGAACAAGGUGGCAGGUAUAUUUGACACUUUUAUCCAUCAGUACAAUGGCUCCACGCGCCAAGUCCAUGCAGAGGUUCAGAUAUUGGAAAAUUUCUGGGAGCAGCAAAGAUCAUUCGCGGGCGCAGAUCGUUUCGUUGCUUCCAGUAAGCCAGCUUGCCUCUGCUGUGAACUGUACUUCCAAUAUCACCCGGCCCGCGUGAUGAUUUUUUCCUCUCACCGAAAGAUUUGGACAAAGUGGAGCCCACCAAAUGUUGAACGAUUUGACCGAAAAUGCCCCGCAGCGACGCAACAGAGGGACAUUGUGAAUCGAAUGACGGAAAACCUCCGUGAGCAAGUGCUUAGUCAUGUUUUCCAAAACGCGACCUCCAAACAAUGGCAUCCUGACUCAAUAACGAAUAUCACGGAUACCCGACGGCUGAGCUUCAGUUCUGAUUCAAUCAGGAUAUCAUAUAUGGGGGUUGUCAGGACUCUGCCAAGCAUGAAUUUAGGGUUGUAUCACAACAGACGGGCCAUUUGGGGCAAAGCUGAAGCCGACGGGAGUCUUGAUACUGCGUCGGACUUUGAUGAUUUAUCUGACUCAGGAAACGGGGGUGUCUCUCUCUCUGGCUAUACUUAG